AUGGCCAUAGCAAUGGUAUUUUCCCAUGCCAUACCUCUGACCUUGUCACUAGCCAUGUGUCUGAGCGUGGCCGGAGCUGUGAACCCUGGAUUUGUGGUCAGGCUCACCCAAAAAGGACUGGAUUAUGCACGCCAGGAGGGAAUGAGCGUUCUGCAGAAAGAGCUCGCAAAGGUCCAUAUUCCGGAUUUUUCAGGAUCAACACACAGUCCUGUGGGGAAAAUCAAGUACAGUUUCUAUGGCAUGGCUAUCCGUAACUUCCAGUUACCCAGCUCACAGAUCAGUCCUGUGCCCAAUGUUGGUCUGAAGUUGUCAAUCUCUGGAGCUUUCAUUGAGAUUUCUGGAAAGUGGAGAUUCAAGACAAGGCUUCACAUAUCAUUUAGCGGUGGAUUUGAUGUGAAGGUGGAAGGACUCAGUAUAUCUGUCGGACUAAAAGUGGGCAGCGAUGGAGCGGGCAGACCAACGAUAGCUCCCUCUGACUGUAGCUGUCAUAUCUCGAAUGUCGAUGUCCAUGUAUCAGGGCGGUACGGCUGGCUGGUCGAUCUUUUCAAACACAACGUUGAAAGCGCAUUAAGGAAGGCUAUAGAGGGUCAGAUCUGUCCAUUGGUCAAAAAUGCCAUUGCCACUAAGCUGGAACCACUUCUACAAACACUUCCAGUGACAGCAAAGAUUGACAAAGUAGCUGCCAUUGAUUAUUCUCUCACUGGCCCUCCACCUGUGACUGCAGCAUAUGUGGAUGUUCCACUGAAGGGGGAAUUUUUUGAACUGUCCCAUCGCACACCUCCUCCUUUUUCACCGCCAUCACUGUCCUUACCUGAUGACCACAACCUCAUGAUUUAUUUUGGAGUCUCUAAUUACUUGUUUAACACAGCUGGCUUUGUAUACCAUUCAGCUGGGAAACUCAUCUUCAGUGUCACUGAUGACAUGAUUCCUAAAGACUUUAGCAUUCGGCUAAACACUUCUUCAUUUGGUGGGCUAAUACCUCAGGUA